GGGAAAACGCCUCUUACUUUUAUUGCCCGGAAGAUUGCUGUCAAAGUGACGCAGUAGAUCUACUCCCUCUAGGGGGUAGGAGGAAAGAACGGGUUGUGUCCGCCAUGUUGGUGAAAUCAAACGAAGGCGACUAGAGCUCUAGGAUGGUCAGCUCUGCUGGCUCAAGUCCGCCAUAUUAAUAAAGAGAGAGGGAAGGUUGACCCUCCCUCGCCUCCGCCCCCACAUACACACCCCUUUUUCCCACCGGGCUCUUGAGACAACUCUUUCGACUAAGGCACGCCUGCCUCGAUUGUCCAGCCUCUGCCUCAAAGAAGCUUAGCGGCCAGCUCCUCAGAACAGGCUUAAGACAGCGCCGAAUGAGGGCUAAAGGGAUAUGCCGACCAAUUGCGCCGCGGCGGGCUGUGCUACUACCUACAACAAACACAUUAACAUCAGCUUCCACAGGUUUCCCUUGGAUCCUAAAAGAAGAAAAGAAUGGGUUCGCCUGGUUAGGCGCAAAAAUUUUGUGCCAGGAAAACAUACUUUUCUUUGUUCAAAGCACUUUGAAGCCUCCUGUUUUGACCUAACAGGACAAACUCGACGACUUAAAAUGGAUGCUGUUCCAACCAUUUUUGAUUUUUGUACCCAUAUAAAGUCAAUGAAACUCAAGUCAAGGAAUCUUUUGAAGAAAAACAACAGUUGUACUCCAGCUGGACCAUCUAAUUUAAAAUCAAACAUUAGUAGUCAGCAAGUACUACUUGAACACAGUUAUGCCUUUAGGAAUCCUAUGGAGGCAAAAAAGAGGAUAAUUAAACUGGAAAAAGAAAUAGCAAGCUUAAGAAGAAAAAUGAAAACUUGCCUACAAAAAGAACGCAGAGCAACUCGAAGAUGGAUCAAAGCCACGUGCUUGGUGAAGAAUUUAGAAGCAAAUAACAUGUUACCUAAGGGCACAUCAGAACACAUUUUACCAGCUGCCUUAAGCAAUCUUCCUUUGGAAGAUUUCAAGAUUCUUGAACAAGAUCAACAAGAUAAAACAUUACCAAGUCUCUAAAUCUAAUACAGACCAAGAAUACUUUCAUUUAAGUUGAGCUUGCAUUGAACUUGAUGCCCAUUCUUCACUUUUUUCAGAGACAAAGAUAUUUAUGGCCAUUAUGCCAAAAUUCAGUAUUUAAUAAAGUUUUACUUGAAGUAACAUUAUUACUGUAUAACUUAUGAAGACUUGAUUACAAAAAAUAGAAAAUUUUAUGAAAUUUUCAUUUGAAAAUGAAUGGAAGUGCCUUACAUGAGAAUUACGUACUUAAAAAUUUUGCUAGGAAAUUGUAUGUUUGCAAGGUG